AUGUCGUCGCGCCCGCUCGCGCCCGGCCCGUCCCCGUCCGACGACGACGCCGGCGGCUCCGGGUACGCCACGCCGAUGAACCCCGGAGAAGGGGCAUCAGGACCGCGCGCGCGGACGGCGACGACCGCGACGCCGCGACGCGCGCGGCAUCACGACUCGACGACGUUUUCGCCUUCCACGACGACGCCUUCCACGGCGUACCUCGACCGCGCGGCGGCGUUCGCGGAGCGCGUGCAGAGCGACCUCAGCGCCGCGGUCGCGACGGACCCGAUAUACCACGCGCUCGCGUCGUCCCCGGCGCUGGACCCGUCGCACGCGGCGUGCAGGGCGCGCGAGCUGAUGGAGGAGCUCGUCCGAGCGGAGAUGGAAGGGAGGCCGUGGCCGGACGCGGGGGGAGACGUCGACGCCGCCGCGGCGGUGAUGCGCGGAGACGACGACGGGCGACGCGCGGCGGCGGCGGCGGCGGAGGCGGCGACGACGACGUCGCGAGGAGGAGGAGGAGGAGGAGGGUUCGGAAGCGCGGCGUCGACGCCGGCGACGUCGACGCCUGCGACGGCGACGACGCUCCCGCGGUCGCGUCUCUUCGACUCCAGAGGGUUCAAGAUCCCCGACGAAGAAGACGCAGAAGCGCGCGACGCGCGCGCCGCCGAAAACGCCGCCCUCGGGCCGCUCUCCGCGCUGAACGAAAACGCGUCGCGGGACGCGCCGCCGGCGACUUCCGACGCGCUCGUCUCGAUCGCGACGGCGUCGCCACUCCGCGUAGGUUUAGACAGCGCCAAACGCGCCAACGAGCGCUCGCUGCGCGACGAGCAGCGCGCGACGAGGCGCGAGCUCGAGCGCCUUCGAACGCGCGCGGACGCGGAGACGACGCGUGCGGACGCCGCGGAGGCGAAGCUGAGUCGCGCGGGCGACGCCGGACGCGUCGCCGCGCGAGACGCGAAGCGCCUCUCCGCGGCGUUGGAAAAAUCCGAACGCGAACGCAAGGCGCGUCCCGUACACUGGUCCCCAUACGACCGCGCGACGCGCGCUAAAUACGUCGCGCUCGGCGAGCGGCUCGAGAAGACGCUCGCGGAGGACGCGGACGCGCGAAAAGCCGCCGCGGAGGCGGCGGAGGCGGCGGAGACGAGCGCGAGGGAGCUCGAGGAGACGAGGGAAUCGUGCGCGUCGCUGCGGCGGAGGGUGAAACGCCUGAAGAGCGAACUCGCGGACGCCGCGGCGAAGCGCCUCAGGCGCGUUCUCCUUCACACCGGUCCCCAUACGACCGCGUCGGCGUGGUGCACGCCGAUCCUUAAGGACUUUCUCUCCCGGCGGUCGUUUCUCUCCGCCCACCCCUCGAAGACCGACCUCGAGGCGGAGCGCGACAAGGCGACGUUCGACUUGCGACGUUUGAAAGGCGACGUCGACGCCGCGGCCGCGGAGCGCGUCGCGGCGGUCAACGCCGCAUCGAUCGCGGAGAGAGCGUCCGUCGUCGCGACGCACGAAGCGGAGAUCGCGACGAAAGCCGCGGCGGCGCGCGCGUCCGCCGCGGAGGAGGACGCGAAACGUCACAAAGACGUCGCGGAUUCGAACCGACGCGAGCUCGAGGAAGAGCGACGGCGGCAUCGAGACGCGAUCGAGCGCGCGCGGCGCGAGACCGCGGACGCGGCGAAGGUGACCGCGGCCGCGCGCGAGCGAGACGUCGCGUCCAAGUUUGAAUCGCUCCUCGCGUCUGAACGCGCCAAGUUUGAAUCGCUCCUCGCGUCCGAACGCGCGAAGCGCGCGUCCGACGUCGAGACGCUCGAACGCGAGCGCGAGUCCUUGGCGUCAUCGCGCGCGCGCGACGACGCCGCGUUCGACGCCGCGGUCGACGCCAAGGUGAACGACGCGCUGCGAGACGCGACGGACGACGUCGAACGCCGGAUGAGAGAAGCGGAGGAGAAGCUCUCGCUCGCGUCGGCGGCGGCGGCGGCGGCGGAGGCGUCGGCGGCGGCGGCGGCGCGCGCGGAAACGGACGCGAAGCGCGCGCACGAGGACGAGCGCCAGCGCCUGGAGAAGGCGCUCGCGGAGACGCGCGACGCCGCGGCGAAGAGAGAGGAGGCGCUUCGAAAAGAAGCGAGCGACGCCGCGGACGCGAGGGAGAAGGAACGGCGGGAGACGGAAGCGUCGCGCGCCGCCGCCGAAAAGGCCGCAGCCGCCGAGGCGUCGACCCAACGCGAGGACUUCGCGCGCCAGCUGUCGGACCUGCGCGACGCGCACAGGGCCGCGGACUUGGCGCGGCGCGAUGACGACGACGCCGCGCGACGCCGCGAGCGCGACGACGAGGAGAGGAAGCGCGUCGCGCUGAGCGAACGGCUGACGGAAGCCAAGCUGUCCGCCGCCGCCGCCGUCGCCGACGCGGAGUCCAAGGCGAAGGUGGCCGAGGCGGAGGCGGAGGCGAGCCGACGGCACGCGGCCGCGUCCGCCGCCCAGGCUGCCGAAUCCGUCGCGGAGACGCGCGACGUCCGCGAGCGGUGCGCGGCGGAGCUGCGCGAGGCGCGCGAGCGGUGCGCGAGAGAGGUGGACGCCGCGAGAGAGGAGACGAACGCCGCGCGCGCGGAGCUCGCGAGCGCGAAGAAGGCGGAGACGGAGGCGAAGGACGCCGCCGCCGGGGAGGUCGCGCGCGCGGUCGUCGCGAAGAGGCUAGCCGCCGAGGAGAUGAAACGUCUCGAAGCGGAGCUGACGGCGUCGAGGGAGAAGGCGAUAGAGGAGGCGCUCGCGACGCGCGCGCCCGCGGUCGCGUUCGAAAAGGAUAAGGAGAUUGCCCGUCGCGUCGAGGCGCACGCGGCGACGACGCGGGAGUUGCGCGCGAAGGAAGACGCGCUCGCCGUCGCGACCGCGACCGCGCGGCGUCACGAGGAGGACGCCGCGCGGACGCUCACCGCGCGCGACGACGCGCUGCGGCGUCUCGCGCGCGCGGAGGCGAAGGCGGAGGAGCUCGCGGAGACGACGGCGCGGCUCAAGUCCGCGGCGGCGACGGCGGCGGCGGCGGCGACGACGCGAGACGCGGAAACGGCCGCGAACCGCGCGGUCGAGGUGGACGCGCUGCGCCGAGAGAUCGAUCGCCUGAAGCGAUCGCUGACCGAGUCGGAGGAGACGCGCGCGAGGCUCGCGACGGAGGCGGACGGCGCGAAGCUCGCGCUCCGCGACGCGGAAAGCGAAGCCGCGCGCGCGGCGAACGCAGCGGCGGCGGCGGCGCGGCGGCGAGACGAGGACGCGGCGGCGGCGUCGCGCGCGGCGGUGGACGACGCGACGACGCGCGAGCGCGAUAACGCGAGGGAGCGCGCGGACGCGGCGAAGGCUGACGCGGACGCGCGCGUCGCGAUGGAGCGCGCGUCGCACGAGGAGACGAAGGCGGCGCUCGCGGAGAGAGAGCGCGAGAUUGCGAAAAUUUUGGAGGAUCUCACCGGGAACGUGGCCGCGCCGAUGAAGACGCUCUACGUCCCGGCGCCGCGGACGUCUACCUCUCCGCCGUCGUCGCCGAUGCCGCAGACGCCGCCGCCGCCGCCGCCGCUCGCCGCGACGCCGUCGAAGAAGUCGCUCUUCGGCGGCGGCAAGAAGAAAUCCGCCAAGGCGGACGAAGAAGCCGCGGCGGCGAACGAGCGCGAGAUCGCGUCGCGCGUCCAAGCCGAGCUGGCCAAUCAGAAGGACUGGAUGCGCCAGCGCAUCGCGUCGCUGGAGACCGCGCUCGAGGACGCGAUCGCGUUCAAGCUCGAGGUGAAGAAGAGGGAGCGCGCGAUUCGCGAGGCGUCGAGCGCGGCGAUCGAGCGCGCGCGGCGCGCGGCGACGGCGGAGGUGCGCGCGGCGCGGGAAAAAGUCAGGUGCGUCCCAUACACUGGUCCCCAUACGACCCCGUUCGCGUGGUGA